AUGGUGUGCAGGAUUGUCUUGACAGAUGCACUCAAGAGCAUCAACAAUGCUGAGAAGAAAGGUAAAUGCCAGGUUCUCAUCAGGCCAUGCUCCAACGUCUUUGUUCAGUUCCUAACUGUGAGGAUGACGCAGGCCUGUUACGUUGGCGGUGACUUUGAGAUCACUGAUGAUCACAGAGUCGGGAAGAUCAUUGUGAACCUCGCAGACAGCUUGAACACAUGUGGAGUGACCGGCCCAAGUUUUGAUGUGCAACUCGGAGAUCUAGCAAAAUGGCAGAACAAUCUGCUCCCAUCACGGCGGUUUGGUUUCACUGUGCUCACAACCUCGGCUGGCAUCAUGGACCAUGAAGAGGCAAGACGAAAACAUACAGGAGGGAAAAUCCUGGGAUUCUUUUUUCUAGAGAUGUAA